UAUCGAAAUCACUGCAUUAUCAUUCAACUACUUCACUUGGAUACUAUCCCUCAGUCUCUUAACACCUUCCUAGCUGACCGUGAGAUACGUUUUGCUGGUUAUGUAUCUGGUGAGUAUCCUUAUAAGCUCCUUGAUAGCUAUGGAGUGAAAAUUGGGCAUUUGGUUUCAAUAUAUGGCGAUAACAAAAAAAUCCAACUUCAAAAAGAUACCGAUAUGGGGUUUGCUGAAAAAGUUCGUAAGCUUGUGGGGCUAGAUAUUGAGAGACCAGCGAUCAUUUGUCCGUCAUCAGACUGGGGUGCUAGGAACCUUUCCAAGAAACAGAUUAAAUACGCCGCAGUUGAUGCCUAUGCUUCAUGGUUGAUGGGAAAGAAUAGAAGCUGGACUUAUCCACAGUGUGUUUUUAUCGGCAGUGUUUGAAGUGUGUUUUUAAUUGAUGAAAAUAUUUAUUUAUUUGAUGUUAUAUAUAAUAUAUUUGUUAACUGUACUUCAAACUUCAAAGUCCCGUGAGCAUAGGCAGGAUCUAAAUCCCGAAUAUGUUUCCCACUUUGUGUGAUCCAAAUUCAAUCUCUUUACUCCAAAAUUACGAACUUUUCUCACUUCUUGUAUAUCUACAUCUCUCUGAAUUAAGAUCAACAUCAACAACAACAACAGGAUUAUUAUAAAGGUAAAAUAAAAACAAAAAUAAAAAAUCCUAAACAUUUGAUUUUGCAUAGUAAAGAAAGAUGGCUAAGCAUGAAGAACUACCCAUACCAAUAUUCUCAACAAUUGAACCAGUUUAUGGAGAUGGAAUACAACUUACAGAAGCUCAACAGCGAUUUGAUGUACUCAAAUCUAAAUUCGAACAAGUUUUUGGUCAUCAACCUGAUCUUUUUACUCGAUCCCCGGGUAGAGUUAACUUGAUUGGUGAACAUAUUGAUUAUGAAGGAUAUUCAGUAUUGCCUAUGGCUAUAAGGCAAGAUACUAUUAUUGGGAUUAGGAAGAAUAAUGAUUCUGGAACUCUUAGAAUUGCUAAUGUUAAUGAUAAGUAUACAAUGUGUACUUAUCCAGCUGAUCCUAACCAGGAAAUUGAUUUGAAGAAUCAUAAAUGGGGACACUACUUUAUUUGUGGAUACAAAGGGUAUUAUGAAUUUGCGAAAUCAAAAGGUGUAGAUACUGGUGCUCCAGUUGGCCUUGAUGUCAUUGUUGAUGGAAUAGUUCCUACAGGGUCUGGGUUGUCAAGUUCAGCGGCAUUUGUUUGCUCUUCUACAAUUGCUAUAAUGGCUGCUUUUGAUACGAAUUUCCCAAAGAAAGAAAUUGCCCAGCUGACAUGUGAUUGUGAACGUCAUAUUGGAACACAAUCUGGUGGGAUGGAUCAGGCAAUCUCAGUGAUGGCCAGAUCUGGGUUUGCAGAGCUGAUUGAUUUCAACCCAAUCCGUGCAACUGAUGUGCAACUUCCUGCUGGUGGGACUUUCGUGAUAGCUCAUUCCUUGGCGGAAUCAAUGAAGGCAGUAACUGCAGCAACAAAAUACAAUAACCGUGUUGUAGAAUGUCGUCUAGCAAGUAUUGUCCUUGGCAUAAAGCUGGGAAUGGAACCAAAGGAGGCAAUUUCCAAAAUGAAAACCCUCUCCGAUGUUGAGGCCAUGUGCGUUUCUUUUGCCAAUAGUCGUGGGUCUUCUGAUCCUGCUGUCGCAGUCAAGGAGCAUUUAAAGGAAGAGCCAUACACAGCUGAAGAUAUCGAAAAAAUCACGGAGGAGGGUCUGACAUCAAUCUUUGCCAGUUCUCCCUCCUCGCUGGAUGUGCUAAAAGCUGCUACGGCUUAUAAAUUGUUUCAGAGAGCCACUCAUGUGUACUCUGAAGCUAAACGUGUCCAUGCUUUCAAGGAAACCGUUUCAUCCAAAUUAAGUGAUGAAGAUAUGCUUAAAAAGCUUGGCGAACUCAUGAACGAUAGCCACUAUAGCUGCAGUGUUCUAUACGAGUGCAGUUGCCCGGAAUUGGAAGAACUAGUAAAACUUAGUCGUGAUAAUGGAGCUCUUGGAGCGAGACUUACUGGAGCUGGAUGGGGUGGUUGUACAGUUUCUUUAGUGAAAGAGAAUGUUGUUCCCCAAUUUAUCCAAGCUUUAAAGGAUUCUUUCUACAGACUAAGGAUUGAUAAAGGAGCGAUUAAACAGGAAGAUGUUGAUCUCUAUGUUUUCGCGUCCAAACCUGCUAGUGGAGCUGCCAUAUUUAAGUUUUAAAAAUCUCAUCUAUUGAUGUUUAUAUUCCAUUGCUUAAAGAAGCUCUGCAGAAUACUAUCUGGAUUUCGCUGUGCACACAGAAAUAAAUCACCCUGAGUUUUUCAUUGGCAUUUGCAUUUGGGCAGAAAUUUUCACAAGGUUCGCUCAGAUGCUUCUUGUGAGAGUUGUUUAUCCAGGGAGUAGAUAAGUGAUUAUAUUAGAAUUCUGCGACCAAACAGUAACAUAAUAAGAAAUAAUUAUAUUAUGCGAGAUGGUUUUGUGCCACAUUAAUUUGGUUUUGCCGAAACAACAUACUGUGGUGUUUAAGAAUUUUGUUCUUACUUACAUUAUUGAGCAAGGACAAAGAAGUUUAGGUCAUGGGUCAAUUCAGAUAUCUGGAAUUCUGGAUACCAUUUUAUGUCUUGAUCAAUGUUAAUAUUUUUCUAUUAAA